AUGGCCUCGGCGGUGAGCUUGAAAGAGCUCGAGGACGACCCACGCCUCUUCCUAUACACAUCCCUCACGGCCGGCUCGUCGCACAUCAUCACCGCCACGUCGCGCAUGGAAACGAUCCUCAAAGCAAACAAGAUCCCCUUCCAAGCCAUCGACACCGCAACAGACGAGAAAGCACGAAGACUAUGGCAGCGGAGAGGAGGCCAGAAGAAGCUUCCAGGCUUGGUGAAGGAGGGAUACGUGAUUGGUGAUCUGGCAGAAGUGGAAGAGUGGAAUGAGUUUGGCGAGCUCAAGGAGAACAUUGGCCCUGUGCCUGCGAAUAAUGCUGCUCCGGCGGGAGGUCAGACGGGGGUGAACAUUGCGCCGCCGCUGUCUGUCAAUCCUACGGCUACGCAGGGUACUGCGAAAGUGAGCCAGCCUCCUGUGAACAAGGCGCCGCCGCCGCUGUUGGACGACUCCAAGGCGAGACCUAUUGCAUUACCUGGAGCAGCAGAGAUCGCAGCACGCAAUCAACCUACGUCGCCGAGUAACUUCGAGGCGAUCAACGCUGAGACGAUGACUUCGUCGCCUGAGGAGAAGAAGCAGAGUGUUGAGCAAGCGAAGGAGAAAUUGAACGCUCCCGCUGCAGGCAUCGAUCAUCUCUCAGCCCCAGCAUCAAGAUUACAAUCUGGCACAGCGACUCCAGCGCAGACAGAAGAGCCCUCCAGUGACGCCCCCAAAACAGCUACGGAGAAACACCGAGGAAGUGAUAUUAUCGAGGCGCCCUCAGAGGAGAUCAGGAAGAUCGAGACUGAGAACUCGCUGAAGGAGGAAGAUGGCGAAGAAGGUCUGAAGGUAGGCGAUGAGACGGCGAAGCCUCAAGAGCAGAGUGCCAAAGAGGGUGCAGAUGCAGGCAAGACGGUGGAGGAUUGA